GAGACUAAUAAAAGGCAGUGUAGUAAUGCCAGAAAUAAACAGCACAGACAAAUCUAAGUUAGGGGAGUCUAUGAGCACCAUGGAGGAGUCUGAGUGUCCUGAUAAACCCCAAAAUUUGAACAUCGGGGAGCCGAACCUCCGGUCAGAUUUUCUGCGGCAGCGCCAAGACAGCGUUCCUUCAUUGACCCUAACUGAGAAAUUCUGCUAUGGCGUCGGCCACGUCUUCAACGACCUCUGCGCCUCCAUGUGGUUCUCAUAUCUCCUAUUAUUUUUUGAAAAGGUGCUGUUGUUUCCCGACACGUUGGCGGGUGUGGUGCUGCUCGUCGGACAGCUGGCAGACGGCAUCAGUACGCCCAUCGUCGGGGUGUUAUCCGACAUGGAGAACAAGAUCCCCGCCUGUGCUCGCUACGGUCGUCGCAAAAUAUGGCAUCUUGUAGGCACGGUGUGUGUAACCAUCAGCUUUCCGUUUAUCUUCUCGCCGGCGUACGGCCUGGAAGACGCAAGCUUGACGGCGCAGAGCAUUUAUUAUUGCUGCUUCGUUAUCGUCUUCCAGUUCGGCUGGGCUUCCGUCCAAAUUUCCCAUCUCGCUCUCAUCCCGGAUCUUACGCCGAAGAAAAGUUUGAGAACAGAAUUAAAUUCAAUUAGAUACGCCUUCACGGUGCUGGCAAACUUAAGUGUCUUUACUAUUACCUUCUUCAUUUUGGGAUCUGGAUCCACGAGCGAUGGCGACUCUUCCAUGUCCACUCCAGCCAUGGACAGCAUUUGGAAGACCUCCUCUACGUCAGUGCCAGACUCUGCAAUCAGCAUUAACGGCUCGUGUUCUGCAAGCGAUACUUCCCUGGAACCAAGCGAUCUCAACAAUUUUAGGACUAUCGCCCUCGUAUGCGUGGUGUUGGGUCUCAUUUUCUCGGCGAUAUUUCAUGUCGGCGUCAAAGAACCAGAAUUUCAAUGUCCUAAGAAGCGGGAGGGCAGCGGCAGCAGGAUGAGGAAGAUUGACUGGUUCAAACAAUUCCCAUUCUACCUGGUCGCUGUGCUCUACAUGGCGACUCGCCUCUAUGUCAAUCUCUAUCAAGUAUACAUCCCGCUGUUCGUGCAAGACACAAUCUGCUUGGCCAAAACAGCUGUUGCCACCGUACCGUUCACGAUGUACCUCGCUGGAUUCUUUGGCUCUUUAGUAAUGAAGAAGCUUAAUAAAGUCAUAGGGAGAAAGGGCACGUUUGCUACGGGCUGCGUGAUCGGGCUGCUAGGGUGCACCUGGACCUACGCGGCGGGCCCCGAGUACGCUGACUACUUCAAGGUGUGGGGGAUCUUCGUGGUGGCGGUGUUGCUGGGGUCUGGGGGGUCGACCCUCCUCAUAACUUCGCUGUCGAUCACGGCUGAUCUGAUCGGCAAUAACACAGAAGGCGGGGCUUUCGUGUACGGUCUCAUGAGCCUCGUGGACAAGUUCAGCAACGGCAUCAUCAUCAUGAUCAUCCAGGACAGCAACACCGGAGAUCCCAUGUACUACCGCGAUGUGAUAUUCUACGCGUGUGGUGGCGCGUGCGUCGUGGGUCUCAUCACAACCAUCGCCCUCAUACCCAUUAAAGUCCACAGACGCAGAGGUGUUGCCAAGAGCGUCAUUUCGUUGAUGGAUGGAAAUGCGGACGAUUCCAGCGACUCCGGAAGCGAUUCAAGCAUAACCCUGCCGUCCAAAAAGCAACUGUCCGGCGAAGUCAACGAAGCUGCCGACAUUGUUGACACAAUUUGCGGAUCCUUGGAGAAAGAAGCGCCUAUCAAGCAUCCCAGGGCAAUAGUGUGAUAUCGGGAUUUUGUAUUCAUACAAGUUCGAGUUUUUAUUCAAAUCUGUUUAGAGAUCAUAAUGUAAAAAUUAGUUAAAGGUCGGUUAAUUGUAAAUCACUCGAUGAUUGUUGUAAUUUUAUACAAUUUUGUGGUUGAACUACAGUAUUACGAUUGACGGGCAUUGGCGAGCGCACGGUAUACUUUAUUUUUAUUCGAUCUCUCGCCUCAAAAAGUUUUUUUAGAUGAUUAAAAUCAAUGUUCGUUAAAUGGUUAACACACCGUUAUUCUUUCGCCGUUAUUAUAUAAUCACUAAUCAAUUGUCUGGUUUUGAAGAUAAAAUACAAGCAAAGUGCAAGGUAUAUUAAUUGAACAGAAUUUAUUUUUGAGAACUUAGGCAUGAUUACUCUCAAUAUUUCUGACAUGCCUGACAACGUCGAGUAGAUAUCUCGAUAAAAAUUUAAGUUCUUCCAGCAGUUUUUCUUUAUAAAUACUCAAUAAUCUUUGAUUUAACUCUACCUAUAUCGUUCUAGUCCUUCUUAGUAGCAUUGUUUGUUCUAGGUUAUUCAGAUUUACGUAUACUAUAUUCCAAACACCGAAUGUAAUUCUUGCAGCUUAAUACGGUGAAACAUUUUUGAAUUCUUUUAAAUAAUAAAUUUAUUUCACUAUGUUAUUCUGCAAUGAAAAUUUAUAUAAUUUUUGUUAGUCCAAUUCAAUAUAGGAACAGGAGGGCAAAUUCAAUUAAGAUGAUAUUAAUUGACAUAAUUCAUUGAUUUGCUGGGAACCUCCAUAAAAUUCAUGCGUGCAUAUUCAUGAUAAUAUACGUAUUAAUCGAAUAAUACUUCACUUAAUUUAAGUAUACGCAAGAAUCGACGAAUACAUGAAUUUUUGAACAAUGCAUAUAACGUUACCAGCGAUUCAAAUAUUCACUACCUUUUCAUAAUGCAAAUUAAAAAACAACUUGACAGCUUAUGUCAAACAUCAUUUCUGUACUAAUGCCUGACCAAUGGAAAAGUUAGACAUUAUUAUUAAUCAUUUGUUCGUAAAAUGUACGCGAUAAAAGAAUCUUGAAAUGAAGCUUAUCGAAUAUGAAGAAUUGAGAUUAUCGAUAAUUGAAAUGUAGAUUACCUUCAUAUCAACAUUUGAAGAUUAUCGAUGAAUUGAACAGAUUAAUGAUUCAUGAACGGAUUGUUCGAAAAUUUUCAAUUUCCACUUUAGGAUUACCUGACGAUUAUUCCUAUGUACACAAUAUUUUUAUGAUAUGAAAUACUUUACCUAUUGCACAGACUAGCUGUUUUGUACCAUGCCUGAUUAGUUGAUUUUUAAUAAAAUUAUCGUUGAAAUU